AUGGCGAAGGCGCUGAGCAGCAAUACAAGCCCAAGCCGAUGGCUUGGCAACCCGAUCGAUCAAGCUACACACCUGCCCGAGGGUGCAAUCACGCUGCCAGAUAUCGGCAAAACACUCACCAGAGAGGCAGACUGGUUGGACUGGGAAAGGAAGGUUACAGGUAUCCUCGCAAGCAUGUCGCUUAUUGCCCUUAUUGAAAGGAGUAUCCUACGCCCCCGGAAAGUCCUCGGUGAUGCUAUGGCUAGGAAGUGGCGCGUGACUAGUAUUAUGGUUGGGGCUUGGUUGCUUAGUGGUGUUUCAUCCUCUCUUUAUAAGAAGAUCAAGCUGGACCGCGCCAAUGUCAAGUUUGCCGACGAUGUUUGGGAUAAAUUGAUGUUUGAGUGCGAAUUCACCAAGGUUCACUGUGACAUGAGAACGUGCAAAGCGUUCCUCCAGAUCACAGCGUCUGAUUAUAACAAUAUCGAAGCCUACACUACUGCCUAUCUGGCGGGAUGUCUCAAGAUGAAAGAAGCUGGAUACAAUCUUUCCUCUUUCGAAUUGAUGGCAUGGUUCAUACUGGGCGUGGAGACGGUUGCUCCUUUGGUUGCGACCCGAGUGCUCAAUAGACUGGAUGCUGAAGGACCCGGGGCAAAGUUUUUCACACAGAAGCACUUUUAUGAGGUCGUUCACGAAGUUUGA